AAAUAAAAUAAAAAAAUAACAGAGAAACAAAGAGAGGGAAAGAAAAGAAGAACCUCUCUAAAGCUAUCGAAUUCGCGCGAUGCGAUUACGGUGGCGGCGUUGGCGGCGUUCAGAAUUGUCCCCUUCUCCACCGUCCAAUGCUGUGGUGGCUCCACCCUGUCUCCGCCGUCUGCGUCGUUGAUGGCUUUGCAGAUGACCUGGAACCCUAAUCUCCUCACUCCCAAACGCAAAACUUCUCCUCCGUUAGGUCUUCGCAAUCUCGGUAACUCUUGCUAUCUCAAUAGCGUUCUUCAGUGCCUCACUUUCACUCCUCCUCUCGCCAAUUUCUGUCUCCGUUCUCUUCAUUCCUCUCUCUGUGAUAAUUCUGGUUCAUCGUGUCCGUUUUGCAUAUUAGAGAAACAAAUUACGCGGUUACUCCGAUUGGAUCUUACUUCCGACGCGCCAACGAAGAUUCAAAGCUGUAUACGGAUCUUCGCGGAGCAUUUUCGUUUCGGUCGUCAGGAGGACGCACAUGAGUUUUUACGAUACGUUAUUGAUGCUUGUCAUAAUUCGUGUCUGCGUUUGAAGAAGCUUAGAAGGAAAGGUGGCGGUGGUGGUGAAGGUGGAGGUUCUGUUGUGAAGGAAAUUUUUGGCGGUGCUUUGCAGAGUCAGGUUAAGUGUUUAUCUUGCGGAUACGAAUCGAAUAAGGUUGAUGAGAUUAUGGAUAUUAAUCUCGAUGUUUUUCAUAGUAAUUCGAUUAGGGAUUCUAUGCAAAAGUUUUUUCAGCCUGAGGUUUUAGAUGGAAAUAAUAAGUACAAAUGUGAUGGUUGUAAGAAGUUGGUUGCGGCGAAGAAGCAGAUGUCCAUACUUCAAGCACCUAAUAUACUUGUGAUACAGCUCAAGAGAUUUGAGGGCAUAUUGGGUGGCAAGAUUGAUAAGGCUGUUGGAUUUGAAGAGGUUUUGGUCCUUUCUAACUUCAUGUGCAAAGCAAGCCAGGAUCCGCAACCAGAAUAUAAGCUCUUUGGUACUAUUGUACAUUCAGGAUACUCCCCUGAAUCUGGUCACUAUUACGCUUAUAUAAAGGAUGCAAUGGGUCGUUGGUAUUGCUGUGAUGAUUCUUGUGUAACACUUGCAUCCCUGCAAGAAGUUUUGUCAGAGAAGGUUUAUAUUCUCUUUUUCUCUCGUACUAACCAAAGGCCAGCAUCAGUUAGUAGUUCUCUUGCAUCUAAUGGUGUAAAGCCACAUCAUUCCAAUGGGAGUCAGGCAUCUGAAUCCCCUAAGGUUGAUGUACAACUCAAAGCAGUGCAAGCAAAAUCAGAUUCUGAGCAAUCUUCUUGGAAAGAUAUGCCAAGUGUAUCUAAGAUUGGUAAAGUUCCUUCUGGCUUGCGAGUGAAGUUUGGCAUUAAUGGAAGUUCAAUUUCCAAAAGAAGUCCCGUUCCUGUAAGUCUCAAUGGAAAAGUUGAUGUGUUUAGUAAUCAACCCUUACUAACAAAUGGGCAUGCAACAGAUUCAGUUUCUUUGGAGAAUGGUAAGAAAGAUCCUUCUUCACCAUUACCCACCAAGAACGGCUUUGACAAAACUAAAGUUGAUGUUGCUAACAACUCGAAACGGAAGGAGUCGACAGUAACAAAUGGAUACGCUGGUAUUCGGAAGGAGUCGACGGUAACAAAUGGAUACGCUGGUAUUCGGAAGGAGUCGACGGUAACAAAUGGAUACACUGGUAUUCAGACGGUUGAUACCCAUUCUGUAAAACUUGAUCCUCCGGAAGAUAUUGAUAGAAGCGAGGUAAUCUCAGGUAGAGAGCCUGCCAACUUUAAGCAAGAAACUAAUGGUGUCCUGAACAAAUCUAAAAUAUUGGGGAAUAAGAGAAAAGUACAGGAGUCUCCAUGCAUUUUGCUUGCCCAAGAUGGUCAGUCUCGUGCUAGAGUUGAAGAAAUGAAAUACAUUCUUGAGAAAGAAGCAAAGUCAGUUUUGAGGUCAUGUGGCUGGACAGGUAAGGUUGAUGAGUUUAUGCGUGUUAGAAAGAGGCUGCAUGAAAAAGAAGCGGGGUGUUUAACAAGUGAUGUAAAAAGGAAGUUAAUAGGAGAUGCCCGGAGUGCUUUCAAAUCACAGAUUCCCGAGUCAUUGAGAAAGGAUCUGAUUGCACGUCUCCAAUCAUUUAGCCAAGAAAAAGUACAAUUUGAAGGGCCUUGAUCACACGGUUUCGUUGGUAUGAGCAUGUUGAUGUGUCUUUGCCAGUGAUGCCUGGUGUGUAUACUGUAUUACUAAUUAUCGUAGGAAUGGUGGUACCCAUACUCGGAUGUGUAGUUUGGGUUUGUCACAUACUGACUCUUUGAGCUAGUGCUGGCGUUAGUGGCUGGAGAACAUGGAGAGACUGUGUCGUUCAAGUCUUCUCUACAGUGCUUUGUAAUGAUUUUGUAGGUGCUCCUUCCAUAUUUGAUAUAGAAGUUCAGAUUUCAUGUUUUUGCUAUAUGUUCUCUUUCUCCGUGGAGGCUACGAAGUUUUAUUUAAUCGUUGAGGAGAGUAUACGGAAUUCUAUUCAUUUUGUACAAUCUGUUUUAGUUGUGUACUGGAGCAAAGUCAUAUUUUUCUAUAAUGUUGCUCUACAAAUUUUGCAUCUUAGAUGAGGCUGUAUAUGGCUUUUGGAUACAUAUUACCGACUUUAUGAUUGUAGUUUUUGGUAUCAAGUGAAAAAAUAUUAGUCUGUGAUAGUGGACGUUAUUCCAAAA